AGACGGUCUCUCCUCUUCUUUCUGUGGCCCCAAGGGAUACAAAAAAAUAAAAAAUAAAAAAAGGCCUGAGGAAAUAUAUCCCAUAUAUCCCUCGACUGCAAUUCCACCGGAGGCCGAAGUUGGACACACAAAGGGCUAUGUUAAGACUUCGUCUAUUCUUGCCUACGUACUUAAACUUGCCUGAUAUCAAGAAUUACCUGGCCUUCUGAUCUGCUGUGCUGCAUACUUGUGUCAAUCUCAAGCACGCUACGCAGAUCUGGUAGACAGGUAGAUUAGCAAGCCUCCCCUGCGUUCGGGAACGGCCAAGCCAAAAAGAGGACACCCCUGGACCUUAUGCUAACCCCCCCGUUACUUGAACCAUCCAUCAGCAGCAGCUUUCUUCUGGACGUGUGUAUUACCAGAAGCCCCAAGUAAUAACACCAUCGAGCCGCCGGUCUCGCCGUGCAGGCUUUCUUUCCACUUCCUCUACACUUGUUCGCAAAGUCUACGCACCCUCAUCCCGUAUACAAUAGAGUAGAUAUCUCACGAUCAGGUCUUUUCAAGCUAGAAAAUGGAUUUCUCACACCCGUUCUACGGCGGAGCUCACCCUUAUCACUUUAUUGGGAUUCCUCCCUUAACUCCGUCUCAUUCCAACUCAGCCGCAUCCGAGGAGUUCAGCAAUCACUCUCCACAUGAUGUUUACGAUGGCUUUCAGAACAGUGAUCACUUCCAACAGAACUUCGAGCCGUACGCCCAAUUCAAUCAGCAGCCUCAAGCCUUUCCCGGCCCUCCCGGCCCGCCGACACCGCCGACGCAUCCGGCCCGCGGCCAGAGCGGUCAGAGCCAUUCUCAAGUGAAUAGUAUUUCGGGCGUGAAGGGCAGUCCAACCGAUAUAUUGCCUAUGGCCAAGCCGGAUCCCGAUGCAAAUAGACAGACGGCGUCUAAUUCGGAUGACGACGAUCUGACGCCUGCCCAAUCCCGCCGAAAGGCUCAAAACCGGGCCGCUCAGCGCGCAUUCCGAGAACGCAAGGAACGACAUGUUAAAGACCUCGAAGCGAAGCUAGCUAGCUUGGAAGCACAACAGCAUCAGACGGCCAGCGAAAACGAAAAGUUGAAACGCGACCUGCAGAAGAUGAGCACGGAGAACGAGAUUCUACGUGCCACGUCCAACGUCCACGCCCAGAACGGUUCCCUGUCGCCCCCCGCCCCGACGACCACAGGGCCAAUGCAGUACAACCCCACGGACUUCUACUCGGACCUCCUCCAGAACCACACUAACAAAACGCCGAGCCACCGCAUAGUGGAGUCUGGCGGCGAGCGUCUCUUGGCUGCCGGUGCUACGUGGGAUUACAUCAUUAAUCACGAAUUAUUUAAGCAGGGCAGGGUCGAUGUCGGCGAUGUGAGCCUGCGGUUAAAAUCCCAGGCCAAAUGUGACGGGCAAGGACCGGUCUUCGAGGAACGUGUCAUUCUCCAGGCUAUUAAAGAGAGUGUCGCGAGUGGUAGCGACGAGCUAUUAUGAGCGGUCGUGCUUUUUCGAAUCAGCGGAGCGAAGUGAAGUGGAGUAUAUGAGACUAUGAUGGCGUACCGGGUAUCACAGGGGACAAGAUCGAUCUCGGUUCUGUAAAUUGGCGAAUGGCGUGGCAUGUACGGAGGAUCGAUGAAUGGACGAGUAUAUUACGAUUGAAGCGCUUUGGACCUAACUCGGGGAACACGCCGGUGGCAUGAUAUGGAAAACCGUAGAAUAAGUACCGGAAAGGGACCGCGCUAGGAAGAAUAGGACUGUGGAAGGGAAUGAUAGAGAGGGGACGACACUACCAAAGUCAAACAUGGCCGGGGAGUUUCUGGGCGGAAAGUUAUUAUUAUUAUUGUUGUCGUUGUUGUUGUUGUUAAGGGGAGGGGGACGAGGUGAAUUCCUAGGAACUAGGAAAGUCAACAAGAGGAAAGGAUACAAAGACACACACGCACACACAAGCACACAUUAUGAUUCAACAAUCGACUCAAAGUAUUUUUUUUUUCGAUCCAUUUUCUCCUUGCUCAUCCUAUCUGGUGUUUAACAGUUAGGCGGCUGGAUCGGUCGUGUUUUUUUGUUUAUAUAUAUAUAUACCAUAUACACUACCUUAGGUUAGGGUACCUAUUGGCUAACAUAUAGCCCCGUGGUUUAUUAUUAUUAUUACUACUAUUUCGUUCCUCA